AUGGCAAUUAACUCUGGAGACAUCUCAAAAAGGCAAGAAAUGAAGCUCCGUUCAUGGAACUUAAGGGGCUUAAAUAGCCCCGAGAAGAACUAUUCUCUUAAGCAAUGCAUAGCUACCAAUAAGGUUGAUAUUAUUCUAAUCCAGGAGGUGAAAAUGACCUAUCAAAAUUUUGCUACUCUUGUGGACAGUAUAUGGCUGGGUUCUGACUUCUCUUAUAGUAAGGUGGAAGGUGCUUCAGGGGGAAUCACUACUCUCUGGAAUAAGAGCAAGCUGGAUGGGCAUGAUGUUGGCCUUUCUCACAGCUUUCUUACUACCAGGUUCACUAUGAACAACUUCUCAUCGUACUUCUUCAACAUUUGCACUCCUAAUACUAGAUAUGGUCAGGCUUUGGUCUGGGAGGAAAUCACUACCUUCAUGACUAAUAAUAGGGAGACAAUGUUCAUGUUAGCCGGUGACUUUAACACCCCUCUUUUUCCCUUCGAGAAGUUAGGAGGUCUAACUGAUUACAGUGAUAGCAUGCUUGACUUUGCUAACUUCAUUAGAAAUAAUGAGAUAUUUGAUCUUGACCUUCAAGGGAAUCCUUUCACCUGGUCUAACAAUAGAAAAGGCUCUAAUUUGAUUCAGGUCAGGUUGGAUAGGUUUUUGAUCUCUGCCAAGUGGGACCUUGGCAAUAAUUCCUCGCUCUUGUGUCUUCCUCACACUAUCUCUGACCAUUCCCCAAUCCUCCUUUCUUGGGUUGAUAAGCCGAUCUUGGGUCCCAUACCCUUUAGGUAUGAGAUUAUGUGGCACUCUCACCCAGACUUCAAACAAUGUAUCCAAAAUUGGUGGAACUCCCUUGUUCAAGGUUCUGCUAUGUUUAGAAUCGCUAAAAAGUUGGAGAUAAUCAAAAGGAAGGCCAGAGCCUGGAGUAAAUCUUCCUUUGGUGAUAUUUUCAAGAGAAAUAAGGAGGUUGAAACCAAUUUGGACCGCCUCCAAAGAACCAUUGCGGAGGGGAUAACCUCAAUGGAUAUCCACAAAGAGGAGGAAUGUUGGAGACAAAAAUGGAAAGGAAUCAUGAGCCUUGAAGAAAUCUACUAG